AUGCACUUCACCGGUCCCUCCAUCACUCUCUUGGCCCUCGCCGCCGGCGUCCAGGCUGGCAUUGCCACCACGCAGCAGGAACCUCCUGUCCACGCUAAGAGCAUCGUCAAGCUCCAGCCCACCGGUGCUCCCGCUGCCACCGGUGUUCAAACUAGCGCUCAGCCCAUCAUUACUGGUGCCCCCAACAACGGCACCAACGGUGGCGGCAACGGCGGUGUCCUCACCACUCUUGGAAACGGUGCCUCCACCAUCCCCGUCAGCGUCCCCACCAAGGCCCCCGGCGCUGUUCCCUCUGGCAGUGCUGGUGCCCCCGCUCCCUCCGGCAGUGCUGGUGCUCCCGCUCCCUCCGGCGGUGCUGGUGGCAUCAUUGGCGGUGGCUCUGGCAACGGCCACGGCUCUGGAAACGGCCACGGCUCUGGCAACGGCAACGGCUCUGGCAACGGUCACGGCUCUGGCAACGGCAACGGCCACGGCUCUGGCCACGGAUCUGGCAACGGCUCUGGCAACGGCUCUGGCAACGGCUCUGGCAACGGCUCUGGCAACGGCUCUGGCAACGGCUCUGGCAACGGUCACGGCUCUGGCAACGGCUCUGGCAACGGUCACGCCUCUGGCAACGGCAACGGCAACGGCUCCGGCUCAGGCUCCGGCUCAGGCUCUGGAUCUGGAUCUGGCUCCGGCUCUGGCAACGGUGCAGACAACACCCCCGCCUCCCCCACCUCUACCGGCUUCAACCCCGCCAACCCUGGUUCCAAGAUCACCGCUCCUCAGUUCGGAUUCGUCGCUGUUAUGGGCAGUGUCAUCUACGGUGCCGUCAUGCUCCUCGCAUAA